UAGCUGCUAUUGAUUUCUCAAGUUCAUUACUCGAGGUAUCAUAGAUAUCGAGCUGCUGUAGCUACGACUAGCGGUUUGAGGAUGAAUUACAGCACAAUCGUAUUUGUUGGUCCUCACCGUGAUACUCUGGAAGAAUUUAAACAGACGUUGUUAAAUCUUCAUCCGGAGUGCAAUACCAGUGAUCCGAAAGUAUGUGUUAGCAAGGAGGUGCUGCAGGAAAAUUUGGAUUUUAGUCAAAGUUAUGUUAAAUGCUUUUUGGUCAUGCCGCGUGGUGACCGCACUUUGGUCUACAUUGAAAAUGACGAUUCUAGCAUGUAUAAGGAACUCGAUCACAUUUGCAAAGACGAAAAAGGAAAUUGGCAUCCAGAACGAGCUUUUAUUGUAUUCUAUCGAAACAAGGAUGUACGUGGCGUCUACUAUGAAGAUAGUGUGGAGUUAUUGUGGGAUUCUGGUUGUCAAAAAAGACUGGAAGAAUUCUCAUCAGUAAACCAGUUGAUCAGCUUUAAAGAAAAACUGAACCAUUUGCAAAAGAAAGCAAUUUAUAAAUUUCUAACUCGCAAGACAUCAGAAAGAUCACAAUCAAUGGAAGCACCAACAAGAAAGACACCUGUCAUCGUUCAACCACUACCAUCAACAGAAGAAACAACCGAGUGUCUAGUCUCUUUAGACAUCUUUCAUGCUACAAUCACAGCAAUCAUCAGAAAAAACAGCCGAGAAGACGCUUUUGGCUCCUGGAAACCGAUCAACAAACUUUGCUUUGGAAUGUUGUUCUCUGUGCUGUAUGUGUUCGAAAGGUUGUAUGCGUUCGAUAGGCUGUUGCAUUCGCAAGAUCUCUUGCCCGCCAUCAUAUAGCGUUGAAUGUACACGUCGAAGCAAUGUUUUGCCUCACAAUGAAUCAUAACAAGAUUUCAUUUCAAAGUGAAUUUUGUAGUGCUAGAGAAAAAACUACAAUAAUUUUGUUGGUUUGCUUUACGUUCUUUGGACUUGUGCAAAUAUAAUGGAAUUUUUGUUUUAUGUCUACGAUA